AUGCUCGUGGACCAACGACGAUGCCUCCAAUCAAAUCGCUACUCUAAUCGUUCGUUAUGACGGUGUUGUCAGGAUGAGGCGGAAGUACAAACAGCGAAGAGGCGUCGGACACUUUCCCGUUUAAACUUCUCGACACCGAAGGCCGGUGACGAUGGAGACGGAGUUGGAGAUAGAGCGGCUUCCGGUGGACUUACUCGCCCACAUCUUCUCCUUCAUCCUUUCCUUCAAGGAUUUGGCACAGGCGAGCGGGGUGUGCUGGAAGUGGCGGCGAGGGGUGAAGGAGUCUCUUUCGAGGAAGGAGCGUCUCAGCUUUGCCGGAUGGAAGGUGGACGACGAGUCGGCCGCCAGGGUGGUGCGGGCCGCCUACAAUAUCAAGGAGCUGGAUAUAUCAAGGAGCUGUUGGGGUUGCCAAAUAACUGAUGAAGGGUUAUACAAGAUUUCGCUGACAAAAUGCGUCGGUAAUCUAUUAUCGAUAUCAAUGUGGGGCAUGGCUGGAAUUACUGACAGAGGAGUAAUUCAACUGGUGACUCAAGCUAAUUCCUUACAGCACCUGAAUGUUGGGGGUACAUUUAUUACAGAUGAAUCCUUGUAUGCAAUCGCAAAUAGUUGCCCCCAAAUCAAGACUAUCAUUCUAUGGAGCUGCCGCCAUGUCACAGAGAAUGGCCUCAAGAAGCUCGUCGAUAAGUGUUGUAAACUCAAAUCGAUCAAUGUUUGGGACAUGAAGGUUCCUGUGGAUUGUUUUUUGAGAUUGCUUGCCAUCAACCCUACUUUGGAGUUAAAACCUCUCACUCAGCAUCUGGGUGUUGGAAGGAUUUGGCCAGCAUCAUAAACAAGAUUGAUUGGUUGCUCUAUUUAAGCAAGUGUGUGUACAAACUUUUAUAUUAAAAUUCAUACAGUUGACGGUAUGCAAAUGAAAUAAUAAUUAAGGGUGUAAAUUGACUCUCCAUUUUAUGUUGUUUAUACAUGUAAGGAGUUAAUUCUUCAA